AUGUUGACUAUGAAUUCUUUAUUAGAACACAAUGAUGUAUGUUCAACUCUUGAUAACUAAGCAAUAUUUGACAUCUGUAGAAGAUAAUUAGAUAUUGAAAAGCGUAAACUUGUCCCAUAUUUACCAAACAACUUUUUGUUGUGCUCUUAUGCAACAUUUAUAACUAUUGAUAAGUCUAAAGUAGUAUACUUCACACUGCAGAACUCUCAAAUGCAAUCUUUGAGCCAAGUAAUAUGUGAACUCUAUGUGAUCCUAGAUAUGGAAAAUAUAUGGCAUGCUCUGUAUUUUUAGAGGAGAUGUAAGUAUGAUGAGAUUGGUGGAGCAACAUCUACAUUACAAUAAAAAAAGACAGUUUAAUUUGUAGACUGGUGUCCAAGAUCAGUCACAUUUUGUCUAAACAAAGUGA